GGUGCGGUACUCACUGCAGUUAUUGACCUCGGCACCAGCUUUCGCCGGGCAGCUAAGCCUCUUGGACCGUCUUUUGACACCUCUCAUUCUGCUGUGUAUGAUUGUGGGCGUAAUAAUUGGCGAGUUCGUCCCGAAUGUUCAGCAUGCGUUCAACACCGUCCGCUUCAAGAGCGUCUCCGUCCCAAUUGCAAUCGGCCUCAUCGUUAUGAUGUGGCCUAUCCUAACCAAGGUUCAGUAUGAAUCUUUGCACAAGUUGUUCAAGACGCGGCGGCUGUACAUCCACAUCCUACUUUCGCUCGUUCUCAAUUGGAUCGUCGGUCCACUCAUCAUGCUUGCAUUGGCAUGGGCGACCUUGCCAGACCUGCCAACGUACAGAGCGGGAGUUAUCAUGGUCGGCCUUGCGAGGUGCAUCGCCAUGGUCAUGAUAUGGAACCAGCUCGCACGUGGAGACUCGCAAUACUGUGCAAUAUUGGUCGUUAUCAACAGUAUCCUCCAGAUCAUACUGUACUCACCAUACUCGCUCCUGUUCGUGAACAUCAUCGGGGGUGGUCGCAAUGCACAGGAUAUACGGGUGGAUUAUGGCGAUGUGGCGAUAUCGGUCCUCAUCUAUCUUGGUAUUCCGCUCGUUCUUGGCUUCCUGACGCGCUUCGUCGUCCUCGGGCUGACGUCGCACGACUUCUUCCACAAUCGCUUCCUCCCGUUCUUCGGGCCGCUCGCGUUGCUGGGCCUACUAUACACGAUUCUCGUCAUGUUCGCGCUCCAAGGACACCACAUCUUACACAACCUCGGUCCCGUCUUCAGGGUGUUCGUGCCCAUGAUACUCUACUUCUGCGUCAUGUGGACUGCCGCCUUUGUGCUUGUAUGGCAGCUCAGCGUACGGUACAGCAGCAACAAGGCUUGGAGAUAUGAGCUGGCAGUCGUACAGGCUUUCACCGCUGGGAGCAACAACUUCGAACUUGCGAUCGCGGUGACCAUCGCUGUUUAUGGUGUGGACUCGGACCAGGCUCUGGCAGCAACUAUAGGCCCUCUCGUAGAGGUCCCAGUGUUGCUUGCUUUGACGUGGGUGGCGCUUUAUUUGAGGACACGUCUCAGGUGGGGUGCAGAUGAAGACGUCGAAUCAACAACAGCAGGCGAUCCUCACGAUGAGAGGGUGGGAAUACCAUCCCCCAUUUGUGAGACAUCCUGUCGUGACCGGUAGGGUGAGUUCUCGCGGCGGCGAUUCUCACACCUGGGUUGUUCCUCUCUUGUGUUUGGAAUAUACUUGCUUCUCGGCUGAACACGGUUGUAAAAGCAAUUCUAGGCCGUACCUAUUCCUAGAAAGGUCUUAGUGACGGCGCGUUGUGCUCGGGAGAACUAGUUUGCAGCCUGUGUAAUGCCUCAACCAGCCUAGGGUCCAUGGUGUAUGACCGGUCA